AUGGCGAUCUUCAGCGUCUACGUGGUGAACAAGGCGGGUGGCCUCAUCUACCAGCUGGACCACUACGCGCCCCGCGCCGACACCGAGAAGACGUUCAGCUUCCCGCUCGACCUCGUCCUGCGCCCGCAUGACGAGCGCGUCGUCGUCGCCUUCGGGCAGCGCGACGGCAUCCGCGUGGGUCACGCCGUACUCGCCAUCAACGGCGCCGAGGUCAAUGGGCGUUUCACGGCGGAUGGGAAGGACGUGCUGGAGUUCCUUGGCAACGCCGCCAACUACCCGGUGUCCAUCCGCUUCGGCCGCCACCGCCUCUCCUCCAACGAGAAGCUCAUGCUGGCCUCCAUGUUCCACUCGCUGUUCGCCAUAGGAUCACAGCUGUCCCCCGAGGUUGGGAGCUCCGGGAUCGAGAUGCUCGAGACUGACACCUUCAAACUGCACUGCUUCCAGACGCUGACAGGGAUCAAAUUCAUGGUUCUUGCUGACCCGAGGCAGACAGGGAUAGAUGCUCUUCUCCGCAAGAUCUAUGAGAUUUACUCUGACUUUGCUUUGAAGAAUCCUUUCUACUCCCUGGAGAUGCCAAUCAGGUGUGAGCUGUUUGAUCAGAACUUGAAACUUGCUCUGGAGGUGGCAGAGAAAGCUGGACCUUUCGGACCUGGAUCAUAGAGAAAGCCUUGCCUGUUGCCUGGACUCCUUACUCUGAAAAGUGGGGCCUCUCUUUCCUGGCUGGCCUCUCAUGGAGCUCUCCCCUCCACAGCAGAGACUGCACAUCCCCAAAACAUGCUUCAUUAUCUCCUAGGAUACCAUUUUAUCACCUUUGUUGUGAAACUUACGUUAAACAGAUUUAUUAGCGCUGUUUACAUUGGGCCACAGGGGCUUAUUCUGCUGUUGCAGCUCCACUGCACUUGGGUGAAGGAGGUGCAGGUCCAUGGCCUUACCAAACUCAGUGGUUUUCUUUCCUGUCAUAAUUGUACAUAUGUAUUUUUUCUGUAUAGCUCUAACUUACGGUCUUGCAGAGGGUUCCUAUACAGAAGUAAUAAGUGUUCAUUAACGA